UCCCAACAGCAUGCUCCCAACCAGGUCCAUUCUUUUCCUUUAAAUCAACACCCCUCGGGCCCCAAAACCGAGUAGGCUGCCAGGGCUCAUCUGGAGGAAGGAAAGGGUGACUGCCGGUGGGAGUUGCACAGACCAGAGCUCUGGGGCAGGGCAUGAGUUCCAGGACCGCCCCGCGGCUGCUGACGCUCCAGAGACACCUAGGCUGGCCGCAGGCUGGCAACAUGGCUACGGAGAGCAGUCCCCUGACUACUCAUGUAUUAGACACUGCCUCGGGGCUCCCUGCCCAGGGCCUCUGCCUCCGUCUGUCCCGUCUGGAGGCCCCCAGCCAGCAGUGGAUGGAGCUAAGGACAAGCUACACAAACCUGGACGGUCGCUGUCCUGGGCUCCUGACACCAAGCCAGAUAAAGCCAGGCACCUAUAAGCUGUACUUCGACACAGAGCGCUACUGGAAAGAGCGGGGUCAAGAGAGCUUUUACCCAUAUGUUGAGGUUGUUUUCACUAUUACAAAGGAGACCCAGAAAUUCCACGUACCUCUGCUGCUGAGCCCAUGGUCCUACACCACCUACCGGGGGAGCUAAAGCCAUGUGUUACCUGAAGAAAGCCAUCUAUGUGCCUGUUUCCUUCCCAGACUUAGCCACCCACACAAAUCAUGGGCUCAUCAAAGGACAUGAAGUUGCGGCUUGCUGAACAGAUUCUAGCUGCCCUGGAGUUUUAUAAUGAGAAGGUGUGACUUGGGUGUCAAUAAAGAGAGUUCCAACGCCUGAAGCUCUGACCCUAUCACUGGGACAGGGACAAUAAGCCAGGGCUUUGCUUCUGCUCCAAGUCUCUUAGUUUCUUUUCCUGUGGCUGUGAUGAGAUACUCUUGGCAGAAGCAAUUUGAGAAAGGGUUUGAUUCUGGAUUAGUUCAAGUUACAGUUCUUCGUGGUCGGGAAGUCACAGUAAAGGAAGGCGGAGGGAGCUGGGCACAUUGUGGCUGCAGUCAGGAAGCAGAGAGCAAGGCCAGGCAGUUGGUAGUGCGUGCCUUUAAUCCCAGCACUUGGGAGACAAAGGCAGGCAGAUCUCUGAGUUUAAGGCCAACCUGGUCUACAGAGCUGUCUAUAUAGUAUUUCAGGA